AUGAAGAGCUUUUGCUCCUUCGGCAAUGCCUUUUCCCUAAUUCUGAUACUGCUCCUGAUGGCUGCCCGGACCCCACCGGCAGAGUCGGUGAGGUGCAACCCCUCAGAGAUGCUCCCGUGCUCGGGUGCCCUCUUCUUUUCGCGGCCACCAUCGACAGACUGUUGCGCCCGGCUGAGGGAGCAGCAGCCGUGCUUCUGCCAGUACCUGAAGAACCCCAGCCUGAGCAGCUACUUCAGCUCCCAGAACGCUCGCCGGGUCGUCACCACGUGUCGCGUCCCCCCAAGCCGCUGCUGA